AUGUCAGGUGAACUUGGCAACCCCACAACUACGAUAAGACAGUCAGUGACGAUUGAGCAGGCAGUCGACCUUACAGUUGAUAAGAUAAACUUAAAGCUGGUGUUUACAUUUGCUGCCAUGCUGUGUACUGUGAUAAACACAGGGGCAUGGAAUAGGAUUUGGGUCCCUGCUCGGACUGACACUAUCAAACGGACUCUACGAAAAAAUAGGAAGAAAAAGGGUGGAAUUGUGGGUAGCAUCUUGUCUACCCUUUCUGUGGCAGCUUGUUCGAUUGCUCCUAACCACCAGGUCCUACUCCUACUCCGGAUAAUAUCCGGAUUUGGUAUCUUCGUCAACUUCACAGGAACAUACUGCUGGGCCAUUGAGUUUGCACCAACAAAUUUGAGAAUUCCAAUAAGUGGUUUUGUAUCACUAGGGUGGGUAGUUGGGCUCUUCGUUACUAUAACUUUGAGUUAUCUUUUAAAUGACUGGCAGAACAUAUUUCUAGGUCUUGCCGGAGUGAACGUUCUCAGUCUCCUUGCAUACUUCUUAACCCCACUCCAUGAAUCUCUACGUUUCUCUUUGAUUCAAGGAAAGGAGGAAGAAGCCAGGGAGACUUUGAAGAAACUCGCUAGAAUUACAGACAGCAACGUCAACGUGGAUACUUUAGAUCUGGUAUUUGAAGAAACGAAAGAGUUCACUUAUCUAAACCAAGUCAAGGAUUUGAAGACCUACCCUAACUUGUUAAACCAGACCCUGCUAGGUCUGUGGGCCUGGUUCGCAGUGGCUCUCAUUUCGUACAGUUCCUCAUAUGGCUGGGGUAAAAUGGGCGGAGACCUGUUCAGCACUUACUCCUUCUCUGCACUGGGCGAGGGCGUAGCUUUCAUUACUUCCGUGUUCGUGUGUCAGCUGCUGGGUCGUCAAAGAGCCACAUUAACCUACCUAGUAAUCAUGAUCCUGAUGAGCUUGUUGGCCAUGUUGGACGUCAACUUCUCCCCAGAGUGGAGUCUGGAGCUGGUGGCCGGCUUGAUAGGCUACGUAGCCACCACCUCCGCGUUCCAGAUGAUGUGGCUGGUUUCAGCUGAACUAGCUCCGACCUCCCACCGGGGCAUGAUCCUCUGCAUUAGCUCCAGUGCUGCCAGAGUUGGCAGUAUUAUUGGUCCCUACGCUAACUUACUGUACAGCGUAACUGAUAGGAGGGUACCACUAGCUCUGUCUGCUGGACUAUCACUUAUGUCGUGUGUUGCUAUAUGGUUUCUACCUGAUACCACCAACAGGUCCAUUCCUGAGACACCGGAAGAUGUGGAGUUGCUAGCUAGGAAGAAGAAGAAGGAGAAUUUGGGGGAGGUGUUGGAGAAUAAAGGAGCUCCAAUUUUAGCGUGA